ACAAUCUGAUUACAUUCAGUUACUUUUGGAUUACUUUCCCCUUGAGAGGCAUUAGAAGAAGACAAAAGGAUCCAUCAAAUGCAUUUUGUGUGUCAUCAUAUUAGACUCUGACUUGUGUUCUCCCUCAGGUGGAACAAAUUUAACCAAUUUAAUUUAAAUGUGUGACUUUUUUUCAAUGAUUUAUUGAAUGUCAGAUUUUUUUUCUCACAAAUAUUAUUUUGAAUGUAAAAGUAAUCGAAUAAGUAAUUAUGUACUUUUUGAAAAGUAUCUGUAAUUUGAUUGUAAUAUUUUAGCUGGUAACUGAUAACAGUUACAGAGAAAGAGGCUGGCGCUCCCACUGACUGCCUGAAAAAAAUGAGAUUCGGAGUUUGAGUCUCUGCAUUACCAGCGAGGCGAGAGAGAGGCGGGGCGCGGGAAGAGGUGCAUCAGUAACGGAAUCACUGUUUGCCAGCCAGCCGGUAAUUAGUGAUGUCAGUUUGUUAGAGCGUGAGGACAACGGAGAGGAGCGGCCAGUGGAAGAGAGAGUGGCGUGGAGCCACCGGGGUGAUAAUGGGGCAGUGGCGCGUGAGGAGGCGAUGACAAAGCCUUUACCGCUGCAGCGCGACCUAGCCGGAUAACAUCACCUACACACACCGGGGAAUCUUUUUUUCACCUAGUUUUACCGAGCCUGCACUCUCUGGGCCAGUGCUACUGGAUUACCGAGUUACCGUGCUAAACUAGCGAUUUUAUCUAUCUUGGCUACACCCAGAGAAGGGUGGAUGAGGCGGGAGAUAUGAGGGGUCCACUGCGCCCACUCUGGAUUAUAACGUCACCAUCUAGCUGCUUUAAGGAUAGGCUAUCGCUUCUCUUGGCUGCUUUCACUGGAUCUCUGUUGCCUUCAUUUACCCAUGUAGGUUAGUUCUGUCGUCUAUCUAUGGAGCUGUCUCUAUAGAAGUGCCAUUAUCUCCCGACAUCUGCUGCUCUCUAGGCUACUGUGUCUACUGUCUGCUGCACCCAACCUGUAGAGAGAGGGAGAGUUGAGGGAGUAACGAUAGAGAGUUGGGGGAAAGAGAGGAAGUGGGGGGAAAGAGAGCAAGUUGGGGGAAGAGAGAAAUAGAGGGGGAAAUAUAUAUAUAUAUUAUAGCAAGAGACAGAGAGCGAGAGAAAGACACAGAUCUGCAGGUUAUUUAUCUGUUGGAGCUACAGUCUGCCGCCAGGGGCUCUGAUGAGUGAAGCCCUGAAAAGGAGCUGUCUGACCAGGGAGAACUAGGCUGUCCUCCUGUCUGUCUUUCUGUCUGUCUACCGGAGAACACUGGGACAGUAGUGCCUGUGGACCCGAUGCUGUGUGCACCUGAUGGUCGGUGUGCCCGCUGUUUCCUCUCGCUGGUGGGAGAGGCUCAAGACGUUGUGUCCAGAGCGCGCUAGGAGGAUGCUGCGCCAGGUGUUGCAGGCAGGCCUGAGGAGCUCUUUCCAGGCUCUGGGUCGGUUCGUGGCGAGCCACCCAGUCUUCUUCGCCUCCGCCCCCGUACUGGUGUCUGUCCUGCUGGGGGCCAGCUUCAGUCGGUAUAGAGUGGAAGGUAACGUGGAGUCCCUCCUGGUUCCUAAACACAGUCUGGCAAAGAUAGAAGGAAACCUGGUGGACUCACUGUUUCCUGUCAACAGAUCUAAACACACCCUGUACUCUGACCUGCAGACUCCAGGUCGUUACGGUCGUGUUAUAGUCACCUCUAGGAGAGGCAGCAUCCUGGACCCUCUACACACAGACCUAGUACUCAAGCUCCAUCGUGCUGUCGUUCAGCUCCAGGUUCCAGUGUUGGGGUUCAACUACUCUUUCUCCCACCUCUGUCUUCUCGACGACAAGAAUACCUGCAUCAUCGAUGACAUCAUCCGAGCCCUGGAGGACAGCCAAUCAGCUCGCUUCGCUAACCGUUCUUCCCUUCCUCUGCGCUACCCGAUCACACGUUUGGCUGACGGGCGGAUGGCCUACAUUGGUCACCAGUUAGGAGGGGUGCAGGCGUGGGGGGCGGGGCCUGCAGUACAGGGUCCUGGGGGUGUGUCUGGUCGAGGCCAGGGAGUCCGCAGCGCUAGGGCUCUGCAGCUGACCUACUACCUGCAGGCUCGCGGCGCCCUGACAGACAGGGUGGCUAGCCAAUGGGAGCAGGCGUUCUGUGGCGAGCUGGGCCGGUUUGGGGCGGGACACCCUGAACUGAGCUUAUACCCCUUCACUUCAUCCUCUCUAAGGACAGACUUCCAGGCGUCGUCAGUGCUGGCUCGGCGCCCCCUGCUGGCCAGUGUAUGUGUGUGUUUGGUGUUAGCCGUGGGCUGUUGUUCUAUGAGGGACUGUGUGAGAGCUAAACCCUGGCUAGGGCUUUUGGCUCUGCUGUCUAUCGCCCUCUCUGGUCUCACUGCUGCUGGCAUCCUUAACCUGACUGGAACCACUUACAACUCAACCUACUUGGGGGUACCAUUCAUACUGCUGGGUCACGGACUGUUUGGCACAUUUGAGAUGCUAUCGUCAUGGAGAAGGACACGUGAGGACCAACAUGUUAAGGAGCGUGUAGCUAGCGUAUUCUCUGAUGUCAUGCUGCGUUACUCAGGAGCUACACUGCUACAUCAGGUGUCUCUGGGUCUGGCUGCGUCUCCUCUGACCAACCUGGAGGCUGUCCGGCUGUUCUGUCGCUGCGCUGCAUUGGGCGUAACCGUUGGUUACCUUUACACCUUGUCCUUCUACGCCACCUGUCUGGUUGCCACAGGUUACCUGGAGACAGGGUACAGACACGGGUGUUUCUGUCGCCGCGUCCCCAAGAAGGGAGCGCUGGACACCAAGCCACGCUGGUACCGCUGUCUCAUGUACACACGCUACCAGGACGAGACACACUCACAAACUCACUCACACACACCCAACUCUACACACACACACACACCUAAUGCUGCGCACACCUACACACAUACAGCGAAUCCUGCACACUCACACACUCACACACACACUCCCAACACCACACACACACAUGACCAUACACCUAACACUACACAUGCUCACACACACACUCCCAACACUACACACAUACAUGCUCACACACACAUUCCAAAUACACACACCCCAACCACCAUCUCUGAACUGCGACCCCAGGACUCACACUUGUUGCUAGGCUGCGUGCAGCGUUGCUAUGGAGACUGGAUCACCAACACCUAUGUGAAGCCCUUCAUGGUUCUGCUCUACCUCGUAUACAUCUCCUUUGGCCUGAUGGGCUUCCUACAGGUGAGCCAGGGCUCAGAGCCCAGUUCUCUGGUUGCUAUGGAUACAGGGACAUUGUUGUAUGCUCGCGCCCAGCAGCGCUACUUCUCCUCCUACUCUCCUGUGAUUGGCUUCUAUGUCUAUGAGAGCGCCCCCUAUUGGAACACCUCGGUACAGCGAGACCUGCUGGAGUACGCUAAAGGGUUCCAGCGAAUCAGCUGGCUGGAAAGCUACCUGGAUUACCUGACAGAACGGAACCUCUCCACUACCAGCCAAUCACGUGAAAGCUUUACGCGGAUGCUCCGCCUCUCCUUCCUUCGCCAGCCGCAAUUCGCUCAUUUUGCCGAUGACAUCAUCUUCGCUGAGCGCGAUGAAGGGGAGGAGCCAGAGAUGGCAGCGUCACGUGUCUUCCUGGUUGCCAAGACAACAGAGAACAAGAGGGAGGAGAUGUCCGUCCUAUUGGACACACUGAGACGUCUGUCUCUGACAUCACGCGUCCGCUUUCUCAUCUUCAACCCCUCCUUCGUCUACCUGGACAGGUAUGCUACAGCGGUGAGCUCUCCUCUGCGCCACUCCCUGAUGGCGGUGUUGUUCCUGCUGGGUCUGUCGUCUCUAGCGGUGGUGGAGCCCCUAGUGGCAGUGUGGCUCAGUCUAACCCUCCUCUCUGUCCAGUUUGGUGUUCUGGGCUUCAUGACUCUGUGGGGCGUGGAGCUCGACUGCGUGUCUGUGUUAUGUCUGAUUUCAGCACUGGGUCACUCAGCAGACUGCUGUGGUCCUCUACUGGCCACCUUCUCCUCUGGCCGGGGGGACAGCCGGACCGUGUGGGUCAGACUGGCGUUGGAGAGACAUGGCGUCCCCUCUCUACAGACGUUGAUCUGCUACACUGCAGCGCUGCUCCCUCUGGCCGCCGUCCGCUCCAACCUUACACGCUCGCUGUUCCGUUGCCUAGUGCUGACGGCAUUCUGUUCAGCGCUCCAUGCCUUGGCCUUCCUGCCCACGCUGCUCACCUUCCUGCCACCCGCCAAGAAGACAGGAAGUAGACAGGGAGACAGAGGGGAAGGGGAGGGGCUUAGAGAGGAAGUGGAGUGUGUGGAGAUGGUUGACAGCACCAGGGUGGUCGACCAGAUCACCACCGUCUGACCAACAGGAUGUGAUGUCACAGGUUUUGAUGGUGUCGCUGAGGAUAUGUUACCAUGGCAACUAGCCUCUGUUGGCUGACGCCUCACAGAGUGUGGCCAAUCAGAGCAAGGAAUCAACAUGUUGCGUUUUCACAUAGAGAGAGAGAGGAAGAAACGGAGGGAGAGAGUGAAAGAGAGGGUGAGAAAGUCAGAUGAGAUGGGGAGAGAGAAAGAAAGUGAGAGGUAGAGAGGAAGAGCGAGAGAAGGUGAGAAAGUCAGAUGAGAGAUAGAUAGGGAGAGAGAAAGAAAGUGAGAGGGAGAAAAAGUCAAAGGGAGAGGUAGAGAGAAAGAGAGUGAGAGAGAGUGAAACAGAGAGGGUGGAGUAAGAUAGAAGAAAAAUGGAGAGGUGCUUUGUUUCCAUGGUUACUCUCUCCUUGCCUCUUGUUGCAGUGUCAUACAGUUAUCAGGACAUGCCCCCCCCAUUUUUUGCAGUCUGUAUCUACUGCAGACUGGAUCUACUGCAGUCUGGAUCUACUGCAGUCUGGAUCUACUGCAGUCUGGAUCUACUGCAGACUGGAUCUACUGAACACAGGAUUACUGCAGCCUGGAACUACUGCUGUCUGGAUCUACUGCAGUCUGGAUCUACUGAACACUGGAUCUACUGCAGACUGAAUCUACUGAACACUGGAUUUACUGCAGACUGGAUCUACUGAACACUGGAUCUACUGCAGACUGGAUCUACUGCAGUCUGGAUCUACUGCAGUCUGGAUCUACUGAACACUGGAUCUACUGCAGACUGGAUCUACUGAACACUGGAUCUACUGCACACUGGAUCUACUGAACACUGGAUCUACUGCAGACUGGAUCUACUAUGGUCUGGAUCUACUGCACACUGGAUCUACUACAGUCUGGAUCUACUGAACACUGGAUCUACUGCACACUGGAUCUACUGCAGACUGGAUCUACUGCACACCGGAUCUACUACAGUCUGGAUCUACUGAACACUUGAUCUACUGCACACUGGAGCUACUGCACACUGGAUCUACUACAGUCUGGAUCUACUGAACACUGGAUCUACUACAGACUGGAUCUACUGCACACUGGAUCUACCACAAUCUGGAUCUACUGCACACUGGAUCUACUGCACACUGGAUCUACUACAGUUUGGAUCUACUGCACACUGGAUCUACUACAGUCUGGAUCUACUGAACACUGGAUCUACUACAGUCUGGGUCUACAGCAGACUGGCUAUACUGCAGACCUUGUCUACUACAGUCUGGGUCUACUGCAGACUGGCUCUACUGCAGACUGGGUCUACUGCAGUCUGGAUCUACUGAACACUGGAUCUACUGCAGACUGGAUCUACUGCAGACUGGAUCUACUGAACACUGGGUCUACUGCAGACUGGAUCUACUGCAGACUGGGUCUACUGAACACUGGAUCUGCUGCAGACUGGAUCUACUUCAGACUGGAUCUACUGAACACUGGAUCUACUGCAGACUGGAUCUACUGCAGACUGGGUCUACUGAACACUGGAUCUGCUGCAGACUGGAUCUACUACAGACUGGGUCUACUGAACACUGGAUCUGCUGCAGACUGGAUCUACUGCAGACUGGAUCUACUGCAGACUGGAUCUCCUGAACACUGGAUCUGCUGCAGACUUGAUCUACUGCAGACUGGAUCUACUGCAGACUGGAUCUACUGAACACUGGGUCUACUGCAGACUGGAUCUACUGCAGACUGGAUCUACUGAACACUGGGUCUACUGCAGACUGGACCUACUGCAGACUGGAUCUACUGCAGAUCGGAUCUACUGCAGACCGGUUCUACUGCAGACCGGAUCUACUGCAGACUGGAUCUGCUGCAGACUGGAUCUGCUGCAGACUGGAUCUACUGCAGACUGGAUCUGCUGCAGACUGGAUCUACUAUGGUCUCACAGAGACUUUGACAUCAGUAAGAGUUUCCUGUAUCAAUGGAGGAAAGGUUUUAGUGAUGUCAGAAACCCUUCAUGAACUAUUGUCCAAUCAGAGACUUCUAACCCUGUAUGAGAGGGAUGUCAGUCAGUUGUCAUAGUAACUAAUGACCUGUGGAACACUGUGUAUGUUACAUUCACCUGUGAAUCAUCUGUUUAUCCCAAAUUCCAAAAAAUACCGUAUCACAGGUAAUAGAGGACCAGUGAUACCGUAUAGAGCUCCAGAGUGGAGGUGUCAUAAUACCCAUAUAACCUGGUGGUCCAACAGGGAAAUGGUUCAAAUAGUUUUUCCACUAUUCAUUUUUCUCAUAUGGGAUUUAGAAACACUUAUAAUGAGGGCUAUGUUUCAUGUAGGCUUACCCUGGCAUGACGUUUUGAUAACCAAUCAAAGAUGCAAUUAGCAUCAAAGAUGCAUGUCAUCUCUCGCUGACACAUUUGCUAACGGGUAUUGUGUCAAUUUAAAACUUAUACAAGACAGUUAACAGAAUUGUCAAUUUAAAGAAAUGUUGCCUAUGUAUUCAUUACUAAAUUUAGCUAACAUUAGAUAGAUAAUCCAGAGAUUCUGACCUUUGCCUCAAUUCGGCAGUCUCAUCCAGAUCAUCAUGGCAUUUGUAGUUCUUUAUGAUAGCCACAUUAGCGGCAUUUAAUUAUUUUUUUUUUUG